AUGAGACCACCGAUUAGCAGCGGAAGAAUUGGUGAUGGCGGACUUGAUUCAUGCCCUGAGAAGAAAGAGGAAGAGAAAGACUCAACAAGUAGACUUUGUUCGGAUUUGAGUGAUUUACGAAUAGAAAGAAUCGGAAGUACUCCUGCGUUCCAAUGGAUUUCAGUCUAUACCAAACGUCCUCCUAUGAAACAGAGAUUUCACCACAACAUUGCAAAUUCAAGGUUGUCGCAUCAUGCAGAAAAAGGUAAAAGGGAUGGCCUUUUCAUAAGCUGUGUAGCAUCAGAAGCUAAUCUCUGGGCCUUAGUCAUGGAUGCUGGAACUGGUUUCACUUCUCAAGUUUAUAAAUUUUCUUCUACCUUCCUCCCCAAGGACUGGAUUAUGAAACAAUGGGAGAAGAACUACUAUAUCAGUUCCAUAGCUGGUGCAAAUAAUGGGAGCUCAUUGGUCGUUAUGUCAAAAGGAACUCGUUAUAUCCAGCAAUCAUACAAAACCGGUGACUCAAUUCCAUUAAAGUGGAUGGAUAAAAAGUGGAAAGAAGGUUUUCAUGUAACAUCCAUGACCACGGGUGGGAGCCGUUGGGGUGUAGUAAUGUCCAGGAACUCAGGCUUCUCUGAACAGGUGAUGGAGGUUGACUUUUUGAACCCAAGUGAAGAUAUAAAUCGAAGGUUGGAAAGUGGAUACAUGAUAACAUCAAUGGCUGCAACAGCUGAUCAAGCAGCUCUUAUAUUGAGUAUACCUAGACGUAAAAUAACCGAUGAAAUCCAAGAGACUUUACGCACUUCUUCCUUCCCUAGCUCCUAUGUCAAGGACAAAUGGGGGAAAAAUAUGUUCAUAACAUCAAUAUGUUAUGGUCGGACAGUUUGAUAAUGAAACAUGGAGCAUAUUCUUGUAUCUGUUGCGGUAAUGUAUGAGGUUAGCUGGAUAUUUCAGAUAUUCAAUGCGUAAACAGAGUUGUCACCUAGUCAAUGAAAUGAGGUCAUGAAGAGAAACAG